AGAGUGAGAGAACGUGGUGGAGAGGCACCAGGCGUCUCUUUGACAUCUGCGCAUUUCUCGCGCUCGCUCAGGGGAAAACUCCAAAACAAGCAACAUGGCGGACCCGAGCAACGAGCCUGCAUCGUCGAGCGGCGUCUCGGAGCAGGUCGCCGCGACGACGGCGGCCACCGCCCACGCGACGCCGAUACGCGAGGACCUCGACAAGCCCGAGGACUUUCCCGAGCCCGACAAGAAGCGGCGUAGGACGUUGCGUGCCGAAAACGACGCCGCGAAAACCGAACAAAAGUUGGAGCACCGUCUGGGCGGUAUCCUCUGCUGCGCAGUUUGUCUCGAUUUGCCACGAGCGGCUGUCUAUCAGUGUGCUAAUGGACACUUGAUGUGUGCUGGUUGCUUCACUCAUGUCCUCGCAGAUGCCAGGCUACGGGAUGAAAUGGCAACAUGUCCCAACUGCAGAAUCGAAAUCAGCAAGACCAGCGCAUCUCGAAAUCUGGCAGUUGAAAAAGCCGUGUCUGAGUUACCCGCAGAGUGUCAAUAUUGCGCGAAGGAGUUUCCGCGAAAUUCCUUGGAGCAUCACGAAGAGGCUACAUGCGAAGAAAGGAUAUCUAGUUGCAAAUAUAGUAGAAUCGGUUGUCCAUGGCGAGGCCCGAAUCACGAGAUCCCGGAACAUGAGACUCACUGCGUCCAUCCUCAUCGUACAGGUGCGGAUGUGAUGGAGGCUCUACGCGAAAUCGAUGCCCGCACCUUGGAAGAACGUAGGCUCUAUGACAAUGUCUUUGAUCUUUUGUCCUACGAGAAAAUCACGUUUAACGAUUUACAGAUGAAGCCGUAUCGUACCGAUGAAUUUGUCCAUAAAUUAUUUUAUGAAACCUCACGAUUCGGUGCUUUCAAUAAUCAGUGGGUAGUGAAGGCAAAGAUCAAUAGUAGUCAACGCGAUCCUACUCAAAGUUCAGAGCGAGACAUGACUUAUCAACUGAUACUAAAGACAAAGACCACUUAUCCGCUACCGGUUUAUUACUUGAUCUUGAAAGGCCCAUUUGGCGAUAUGAAAGUGCAUCCGAGAAUACACAGAUUCGAAUUCACCGAGCAGGAAAACGAAAGUCCGUAUUUUACAUUACCAUUACCGGACACAGCAGAGUGCAAUAGACUUCUCGCUGCUAAGGCCAUCAGUUUUAGAUUAAUAAUGUUCCUGGCAUCUAAGUAGCUUAUAAGGAUAAUAUCUAUUGUCAAGAUUUUGUCACAAAUGGAACCGAUCGACGCGGUCUUCUGGAUGUAAUAAUAAAUAAGAAUGAUAGAGAUUACAGAGAUUUAUAACCAUUUAUAGUAGCGCUAAUCAUGAUAAUGAUAAUAAUUAGCAAAAGAAAUUGAAGAUGCUUUUAUCACUGGAAUGUUUCAAAGUAAUAUGUUAAGAUAAAGAUAAAUUAUAUAUAAAAUUAAUAUAAUAUAUAGUAUAUACAACUAUAUACACAAUAUACAAAAAGCACAGGUAUCAUUUGAAAAAUUAAUCUGGUUAAAUUGUUUUUUUUUUUUUUUACGUCUCUUUCACAUUAAAUUUUUAUAUUUAAAGAAGAAAGAACUAAAGACUAGAGAGUAGCUAUAUGUAGAUUACUGUUAGACAAUAAGCGGACUUAAUUUUAUGUACCAAUUGUGCAAUGUACUUGUAUUUCAAGACGAAGCUAAAUGAACAGUAUCACACUUAGAUAAUACUAAUUUAAUACACAUACCUGUCCACGAGAAGUCUCUCGUGUUUCUUUUAUUUAAAUAAAUAAGACGCUAUUGAUGUAAAAUUUCGAAUAAAGGUUUGGAAUUGUAAUAAGCCUAAA